GAGAGGAAGAGAGGCCUGGAAAAGACCAGCCUGACCUUAUCUUUCUUUCGAUAUUACCCUUUCUUCUUCGUCUUCCACCCCUCGUAAUCGUCUCUCUUUCUCUCUCUCGCGCGCGCGCGUCACGUAUAAAUUUUUUUAGACUUCUUGAAACAUGAACGAGAAGGCGCACGUUUCCAAGGAACUCAAUGAGAAACAUCGGAAGAUUCUGGAAGGUCUUCUGAAAAAUCCGGAGAAUAAGGAAUGUGCUGACUGCAAAUCCAAAGGUCCGAGAUGGGCUAGUGUGAAUUUAGGGAUCUUUAUAUGCAUGCAAUGUUCUGGGAUCCACAGAAGUCUCGGUGUACACAUAUCAAAGGUUCGAUCUGCUACCCUGGACACAUGGCUCCCUGAGCAGGUUGCUUUUAUUCAAUCAAUGGGAAACGAGAAGGCAAACAGUUACUGGGAAGCUGAAUUGCCCCCUAAUUACGACAGAGUUGGAAUUGAGAACUUCAUCCGUGCAAAGUAUGAGGAAAAGCGAUGGGUUCCUAGAAAUCAGAGAUCCAAAUCACAACCUAGAAUGUUUGACGAAAGAGCUCCUUCAUAUGGGCCGGGACCAAUGGAAAAAAGUGGUCAUCAGCGUGUUAAUAGUUCUGAUAAUUCAUUUGAGGAAAGGACCAUUCAAGCAUCUAGCAGAAACGAAAAUCUUCCUGCUACAAGAAUUAGUCUUCCUGUUCCUCGCAAGGGACUGAAUUCGGUUGCACCUGUCCGGGGACCAGAAACGGUCGUUGUGGCACCAGCUGGGGCAACAACAACUCCUUCCACUGUUAUACCUCCUAAAUUUGAAUGUGCUACAGACCUUUUCAACAUGAUAUCCAUUGAUGAUGCUCCAAGUGAAAAUGCUUCUGGUUCUGGGGCAGCAUCUACUGAUGAUAUUGAUUGGGCAGGUUUCCAGUCUGCUGGAAACACUUCUGCAACUGACAAAAAUGAUCUACCACAAGCUGGUGAGAAGAAUGCCCAGACUGCUACUGGAAUUGAGAAUUUAUUUGAUGAUUCACCUCCAACAACAACCAACCAAGUCCCAGAGAAGCCACAAAAAGAUGUCAAAAAUGAUAUUAUGAGCCUUUUCGAUAAGUCCAAUACAUUGCAGCCUUAUGCAAUGCAUCAUCAACAACAACUAGCAUUGCUAGCACAUCAACAGUCCCUUCUGAUGGCUGCUGCAGCUAAAUCUGCUCCUAUAAAUACUCAACAGUCACCAUCCAACGGCGCAAUCAUACCCUCUCAACAACAGCUAGCUUUGCUAGCACAGCAACAAUCUCUUCUCAUAGCUGCUGCAGCUAAAGGUGCUCCUGGAAAUUCUCAGCAUGCUCCGUCUACCACCACAAGCAUACCCACUCAACAACAACUAGCUUUGUUAGCACAUCAACAGUCCCUUCUCAUGGCUGCUCCUGAAAAUACGCAACAGCUUCCAUCCACCGGCUCAAGUAUACACAGUCAAGCUUGGCCAAACAUUGGCUAUCAAAUACCCGGAAUUAUGAUGCCAGUUGGUGCACAGGCUGAUUUGCAGAAACUUUCGCAGACAAUGCAAUCGGGACAGACACAACAAGUGGGAAACAAUGUUGCAUCAUCCAGCUUUUAUGCAUUGGGGCAAGUUACCCCAGCAAGUGGUGCUGCCACUAAUGGAGCGAGCAAGCCUCAAUCCGCCUCCCCGGUGUCAUCGAUGAAUUAUUCACACACUGGAAAGGAUUAUGAUUUUUCAUCAUUGACACAAGGGUUGUUCACAAAACGCUGAGUUGAGACAACCAGGUGAUGAUUGUUUGCUUCCCGCAUACUAAA